CAUAACAUAUUAGCAUAGCAAAGCAAAGAGAAGUGAGAAGGAGCAUGGCUUCUCUCAGGGCCUACGGCAAAGUGGACGAAUUCGAUCAAGCGAGGCUGGAGGCUCGACGACAAACCAGGAAGCGACUUACCAUCAUUGCCUUAUCUUCCAUCAUCCUCGUCGGAGUUAUUGUGGGUUCUGUAGUCGGUACUUGUGCAGGAAGAUCCAAAAAUGGCAACUCUACUGCAGGCAAUCCAACUCAAUCCAUGUCUACUUCAGUCAAAGCGGUAUGCGAUGUUACUUUGUACCCUGACUCAUGUUUCACAAGCCUUAAACCUCUGGUUAACUCAACCCAUGUUCAGCCUGAAGACCUCUUCAAGCUAUCUAUUUAUGCGGCUAUCAAUGAACUUUCAAGAGCUUCCCAGUACUUCUCCCAAAAUGGUGUAUUUGAAGGUCUCACCGAUAACAUGUCACUAGCAGCUCUUGAAAGCUGUCGCGAACUUUUGGGUCUCACGUUCGAUCAUCUUAAUACUUCAUAUUUGUCCACUGCUGACCUCACAACAAUCACAUUACAUGAUGCUUUCGACGAUCUAAAAACAUGGCUAAGUUCUGCUGGAACUUACCAACAAACAUGUAUUGAUGGUUUUGCUGAUGUGGCAGAAACGUUAAAGUCUGACGCUAUCAAGUAUCUUCAGAACUCAACUGAGUUCACCAGCAAUAGCUUGGCUAUCAUCAAUGAAUUCUCCAAUCUUGCAAAUUCUUUCAAAUUGAGACGACGCUUAAUGACCUUGACCGAUGGUGGUGAUGACAUGCCACGAUGGUUGUCUUCCAAAGAUCGGAGACUACUCCAGAGUACGAUGACUUCAAAAAUCAAGGCCAAUGCUGUUGUGGCGAUGGAUGGAUCGGGAAAAUACAAGACAAUCAAUGCUGCACUAAAGGCUGUCCCUGAUAAGAGCAAGAAAAGGUUCGUUAUCUAUGUGAAGAAGGGGGUUUAUAAUGAAAUUGUUAGGAUUGACAAGUCCAUGUGGAACGUCAUGAUGGUUGGUGAUGGAAUGGAUGCAACAGUCGUAUCUGGCAGUUUGAACUUUGUUGACGGAACUCCAACAUUUGAAACUGCAACAUUUGCUGUGUUUGGGAAGGGCUUUAUUGCAAGAGAUAUGGGAUUUCGUAACACAGCGGGUGCAAUCAAACAUCAGGCAGUUGCCCUGAUGUCAUCUUCUGACCAAUCAGUAUUCUAUCGAUGUCGCAUUGAUGCUUUCCAAGACACCCUCUAUGCACAUUCCAAUCGCCAAUUCUAUCGUGAAUGCAGUAUAUAUGGGACAGUUGAUUUCAUAUUCGGAAACUCAGCCGUCAUUAUCCAAAAUUGCAAAAUACUACCCAGAGAACCCAUGCUUGGCCAACAGAACACCAUCACAGCACAAGGAAAGAUUGAUCCAAAUCAGAACACCGGAAUUUCCAUACAAAAUUGUACCAUUUCGCCUUGGGGCAACCUGAGUUCCGUCCAGACCUUCCUAGGUCGGCCUUGGAAAAAUUACUCCACCACAGUAUACAUGCAGUCCAUGAUGGGAAGCUUGAUUGAUCCAAAAGGAUGGUUACCUUGGAUAGGAGAUUCUGCGCCGAAUACUAUAUUCUAUGCUGAGUUCCAAAAUAUUGGUUCUAGUUCUUCAACCAAAAAUAGGGUAGCAUGGAAGGGAUUGAGAAAGAUUACUAACAAACAAGCCAAUACAUUUACAGUUAUGUCGUUUAUCAAUGGGGACAAGUGGUUACCAUCUACGGGCGUUAGCUACAAACCGGGUCUGUGAGGGAGAUAUUUUUGGAAUCUUCCAUGGUCGAAAUUAUUUGAUUUCUUUUGGCAAUUUUUCUUUUAUUAAUUCUUUUACUUUCAUAUUUUUCUCACUUUUGAUUUGGAAUUGAUUGAUUCAAAAUUGAAAUCCAAAUAAAACAAUAACAAUGGAGAUAAGUUGAUUCCAUUUAUG